GUUUCUUUGAUUACAUUAAGCACUUCAAGCACCAGGCGAAGAGCAGAAACCUGCUGGCCAGGUUUGCUGGGAAGAAUGCUGCUAACAUCCUAUCCCUGGGCAACAUGGUCAUGGGAUUGUCUUCCAUCUUCUGCAGCUUCAACAGAUUGGCAUGAAAAUCCCAUUGUGCCUCUUGGCUCCUGCUCUUCAGCUUUUUGUUCGAUCUAGCAGAUGAGGCUGUGGCCAAACAACUGAACAUCUGCUGUACUCUGCGGAAGACCUGGGCCUUUGCUAACUCUACAAAGCUGGAACAAGCGGCUGGUGUCAAGCUAAAUGACUUUGCUGACUUCACUUCCUUUGGCCCUGCUUCUGAUGGUAUGGCCCCCAGUGGAGUGCUUGUCAUCUUCUAUGUGCUGGCUGUCUUCCUCUGCUUGCAUUUCUAUUCAACUGUCUGCCCCCAUGCUUUCUUCUUGCUGGCCUGCACCUUCCCCUUAUCCAAAGGCAACAAGCUCCUUCUUUGCAGCCUGGCCAUCCUGAUGAUAGGCUUCAGGCUGGACCAAUGCUUCUACCCCCAGAACAAAAUCUUGAGUCCCAGUUUUUGA